CGUGCGCAUCUUCAUUCCCGGCUGCCGGUGGAAAAGUGAACAUGGGAUCUGUCCCAUCCUCGAAUAUUUCUCACCGUGUAACAAUUUCGGGACACUCAGGCCACAGUGGAUUCUGUCGAUUUUCUGCAACUUUUUAAAGUUAAUUUUGUGGCGCAACGGAGGAGUUAAAUUUAAGGUUGUCUCAUAAACUGGCGACGGCGGACUCAAAUAUCACAUAUUACGACCAAUCUCUAGUGCCAAUGAAGGUGGUUACGGAUGUGCUGAUCCAAACUUCGCUCUGCAUCUUGUCUGUGGUUAACCGAUGGAGGCUGGAGCCACUUUUACCUCUUUGUGAAAUUCUUUUUAUCCGCCGAUGAUGGACGGCGGACAGUCACAGCGGACCUUCACUUCUGACUGUACGUCUUUUACCAACACAUGAGCAGAUAAAAGAUGAUUUCUCAGAUGAAAGCCACCAGGGGUUUAUCAGACAACAACAGUACUAUGGGGACCAGAAAUAGGUCAAAGAGGCAACACCCUGCCAAACCGAUUUUUAUUCUGCUCCUUCUCAUUUUCACACCCAUAGUGGAUUCGUCGUGGUGGUACAUCGGAGCACUGGGUGCUCGGGUGAUCUGUAACAACAUCCCCGGCCUGGUGAACAAGCAGCGGCAGCUCUGCCAGCGGCACCCGGACCUGAUGCAGUCUAUUAGCGAGGGGGCCAAGGAGUGGAUCAAAGAGUGCCAGCACCAGUUCAGAUACCACCGCUGGAACUGCAGCACUCUGGACCGCGACCACACUGUGUUUGGCAGGGUGAUGCUGCGAAGCAGCAGAGAGGCGGCAUUUGUUUACGCCAUUUCUUCAGCCGGAGUGGUCUACGCCAUCACCAGGGCCUGCAGCCAGGGCGAGCUGAAAAUCUGCAACUGUGAUGGUCAUAAACGUGGCCAAGCAAAAGACGACAAGGGCUACUUUGACUGGGGGGGCUGUAGCGACAACAUCAACUACGGCAUCAAAUUUGCCAAGGCUUUCGUGGAUGCACGAGAGAACAUGGUGAAGGAUGCUAGAGCGCUGAUGAACCUGCACAACAACCGAUGCGGUCGGAUGGCAGUGAAGCGCUUUAUGAAGCUGGAGUGCAAGUGUCACGGGGUCAGUGGUUCCUGUUCUCUGAGAACCUGUUGGCUGGCUAUGUCUGACUUCAGGCGAACUGGAGACUACCUUCGGAGGAAGUACAACACAGCCAUCGAAGUGACGAUGAACCAGGAUAAGACUGGCUUUAUGGUGGCUGACAAGGACUUCCAGGGAACCACCAAGAAUGAACUGGUGUAUGUGGAGAACUCCCCAGAUUACUGUGUCAGGGACCGGGUGGCUGGUUCUUUGGGGACAGCUGGCAGAGUGUGCAGCAAGUCCUCAAGAGGCACAGAUGGCUGUGAGGUCAUGUGCUGUGGACGAGGCUAUGACACCAUGCGCAUCAAACGUGUUACCAAGUGUGAGUGCAAGUUUAAGUGGUGCUGCACGGUGGAGUGCAAAGACUGUGAGAACGUAGUGGACGUUCACACGUGCAAACCACACAAGAGGCCCGAUUGGCUGGACAUAACUUAGUAGGAGGGCAUGGCCAAAAAUAGGUGCAAUGGGCUCAAGAACAUGUUCUAAAGGUUUCCAAAAAGUAGGAUCUUGUGACUUUAAAAGCUUAGGUGUUUGAUGCACGGACUUCCUAAACCUUGAGCGGAGGAUCGUAAACUGGAAAAGAAGUCCACUGAACAGUAUGAAACAAGACCAUUUAUAAACACUUAACUAUGUUGUUAUUAAAUGGUUGAAUAUAUUAUUAUACUGCUAUAAUAAAAAUUUUGAGGACAAUGCGUUAUUUGAAGAUGGGAGACAGCCAUAAUAACAGAAAUACUGAAUCUAAAGAAACAGAAAAAAAUUAGGCUGACAUUGUUUCAUUUAUAAUGACGCUUGGUCUUAUUGUGAAUACCCGAGCAUUGGGAGUCUGCUGGCUGAUAAAAAUCUUGCAUGGGGCACAGCGAUACUAACAGUUUUAUCCUAAAACAAAAACAUUAUGUUUAGACAGUAUUACCUUUCAGAGACAUUGUGAUGAAUUAACCGUUCAGGGUCAUAUGUUGCCAGAACCAUAUUCAGUUCUAAGUAAGUAGUGCGAAGUAGCGCUGUCAGUAAGUGGGCCAAACGUUUCCUUUCUGGGAAAUGUAUUACAUUAUCAACUAUCAGGGACUUUAAACACAAAAGUGCAAAGUUUUAAGUGUUGUCAUUUCUUUUUUGGGGUUGGGGACAUCAGAAUACUUAUUUGAGAAAACAAUGGUGAUCCCAUUUCAGAGGGUUUCUGACAAACCUUAUGAACUGUGGGUGUACCUUAGUAAGAAUGUAUUUGUCAUCAGUGACUAUUGCAGCUGUGAAGCCAAGCUAGACUGUAGAGAUUUUGGUGUAUAGUAGUUUUCAAUGUUCAUGCAGUUCAGGACAAAGACUGCCUUAAAGUUGACAUGACCUACAAAAAUGUGAAGCUAUAGCUUCUGAGAUUAAUAAUUGCAGUUCAGGACAAUAGACUAGACUAAAAACUGGCUCAACUUCAAAAAACAAGACUAUUAGAAUAAAAAUAUGUAACUGCUUGCCAUUAAACAUGUUUUACACAUGGCUCCCAACCUACUCAAAAUUAACUGAUACAGGUGAGUUACAAAAAGGGCACUAACAAUAUCUAUAGUACGGUUUACCUCUCAGGUUGCCUCUAAAAGUAAACAAAUGUCUGAAAUAAAUUUUAAUAUUUGAAUCCAUCAAACCAUUGUCUCAUCUGAGAUUGGAUUCCAGGGUUACAAGAUCAGAAGAGGCAUUCCUCUCCAUGGCUUCAUUCUCCAGCUGAUUCUGUGGGGUCACAAUGUAUUUCUAGGCACGAAGGAUCUUAUUUGUCCUCUUCUGCAAGUUCUGGGUCUGCGCCAGGGUCUCCUUCUAGGGGAAAGUGCACAUAAAACCUCCAGAGGGAGUUUCCUAGAGGGCAUUAUGAUCAGACUCUUUUAAAAGUGGAUGAGUAACAGCUCUACUCUGAGCUCCCUGCAGACGACAAAGCUCCUCCCCCUAUAUCUAAGUGUGAGUCCAGCCGCCCUGCAGAGGAUGCUCAUUUCAGCCGAAUGCACCCUGAAGAUAGAAAGAUUGAAUCUCAGUGCUACAAGACCACAACACUCGCAAACCUUGCCUGGAUUUUAGAGACAGGGUGACCCUCCCUAGGUCAGGCUGGUAUUAGCUUCCCUGAGGUUGCCUAGUAGCCAGGCCUUGGCACCUGGAGCGUACCCUGGCUCAGCUCAAAAAAGCAACUGGAAGCCCCCCUCCAUGUGGGACCACCACCUGUAGGUGGUUCAUCGACCAUGAAUGAAAUGGAAGUUUGGCAGCAGGAAAACUGGUGCGCUAAUACCUGGAACCAUAAUUUCAUUCUAAGGACACUAGGAUACAAAUAAAAAUGUCCCUGUGGUAAAUAUCAAGCUAAACCCACAAUUGUGAUCUGAAUGCCCCACAUUAUAACCCUCUGCAAGGUUGUAUUUAUAUUUUUCUUUUUAGAAAUACAUGAGAAAGGAAUAGCUGAAUUACUAAUAAAUCUAAGUGUAUAUCCAUGCACAACAACUUGUCGGCAUUUUAAUUGUUUACAUUCACUUUUCAUAUGUUCUGUCAGUGUAAAUGUCCAUUUCAGUACAGCAAUAAUUUGUUCUUGCCAGCCAGUGGAAGACAGAGAGAGCAGCAGGUCUUUGUUAUAUCACACUACACAGCAAUGAUUCUAUAAGUAUCAAAGUAAGUAUCAAAACAAACAAAAGUCAGAAGAUGCUUGUAAGAAAUCAUGUUUGUUAAAGUCAGAAAAGACACUCUGAACCUCAAAGAAGGACAAGAGGAGGGCAUGUAAAAAGUUUCAGUUCAGUGGCAGCACACUUCAGGAGUUGGAUUUGGUUAAACUAAAAGAAAAAGGGGACACGUGAAAAAAAGCUAAGCUUCAAGUGAACUUUGGACUGCUGUUUGAAAUAUUAGUGUACAGUAUACAGUAUACAUUUGACUAAAUUACUCUGAAAAUAUAUUUCCUUUGUUGCAUCAUGUAAAACUUUCUUGUUUCUACCUCUGGUUGUUUGUGUUUGUGUUUUUACUGAACUCCAGAGGGCUAUGCAGACUUAAAUUCAGCUGUUGAGCCAUUUCAUAAGAAGCUUUGAUGUAAAAUGUCGAAAAUGACUUGAUUAUUCAGUGCAAUAUUAUCCAGUGUAACAUGACUGUAACACAAAACAAAAAUAAACUGCAAAUUCCAUUUGAAAAUAUAUUUGAUAAGACAAUAUUACACUCCUGAUUGGGAGAUCUUUUACAGUAUGUCACCAGAUUAAAACCAUUGCAAAAGCCUAUAGAAAUUUCGUCUAUUCUCAUUCAACUGAAACAUGUGUAAAGUCUUGCAAAAGUAUUCAUACCCCUUAAACUUUUUUCACAUUUUGUCAUGUUAUGGUCAAAAACCUUUUAGUAUUUUAUUUGAAUUUUAGGUAGUUGACCAAAAAAAGGAAGAUCGUAAUCAUGAAGUGGAAGGAAAAUUAUUUUAGAAAUUAUUCACAAUUGAAAAUCUGAAAAGUGUGGACUGCAUUUGUUUUCACCUCCUCUGAGUACAAUCUUGCAUAACCACGUUUCGCUGCAUUUACAGCUGAAGGUCUUUUAGGCUUUGUCUCUCCCAGUUUAACACAUGUAGCAUAGAUGACAGUGUCUAUGAAAAGCAGUUUUAGAGUCUUGGCACAGAUUCUGUUUGAUUUAGGUCUAGACUUUGACUGGGUCAUCCCACUCUAAAAGUACUUCAAUGUAAAGCAUUCCAUUGUAGCACCAGUUGUAUGUUUAGGGUUGUUGUUAUCAUGGAAGUUGAACAUCUGCAACAAUUAAGUCUUUACAGCCUCUAACUGAUUUUCCUCCAGGAAUGCUCUUUAUUUAGACCCAUUCAUCCAGUCCACACAGGUGGACUCUUAGAUACCUUAGGAAGGAAAUCUGUUAAGGAUAUCAAAUUAAAUGGGGCUGAAUAGUUCAGUGCAAGCCACACUUUUCAGAUCGUCAUCUGUAAUAUAUAUAUAUAAAAAUCUCCUCUUCAUUCCAAUUCACAUGUCUGCACUACUUUGUGUUGGUUUAUCCCAAUUCAAUAUGAAAUUUAUAAUAAAUAAAAAAUAUAUUGAAGUUUGUGGUAAUACCAUAGCAAAAUGUGGGGUUCAAAUUAGGGGGUAUGAAAAAUGUUGUUAGAGAUUUUAUAAUGUAAUCUAUGCAAAUCUGCUUUUAGGCCAAUGCAAACAUCUUUAGCCUCAUAAUGCUCUGUGAGAACUGAAAUAUUUCAGGAAAUGAAGCCAAAACAGUUGUAAUGAUUCAAAAUCUUAAAUAUGACUGCCUAACAUCUGGUAAUGCAGCAGCACUAGGCUUUUGUAGACACGAGUCUUUAGAAGCGUUUAUGGAUCUAAACGAAUCUGACAAUAAGCAUUAGAAAUGAAGAAAUUGUUUCAGGUCCACGCAAUGCGAACAACCGCCAAAAUAAAGUGCUUUGAGCAAGGCUAAAUGAUAGAGUGUCAAAAGUCAUUUAAUGCAGAAAAGAAAUCUGUUUUCACUUUUCUUCAUAGUCUGUGGUGGAGUUGUUUUUCUUCACGACUAGAAAGGCGGAAGUAGUAAGUGAUAACUUCUGACUGAUUGAAAAUGCUGCUGGGUUUGCACUGAUCUGUAUGAAGAAUAUUGAAUAUGUCAAUAAAGACAUUUUACCUGUAGUUUUCUUUUCAGUGAGCAAAGAUGUUUUAUAUCUGGUAAUGACACUGUUCAGCUUGGACUGAAGCCACAUGUUUGUCCAUGUAAAGCUUUUGGUCUAUGAGGAAAAGAGGGGAAAGGUGUCGAAGUACACCUGACAGUCUGUGAAUGCAUUUCAUCGUUGCAAUGCACUGCUAGAAAUAUUUUUUUGAUUCUAUAUUAAAUCACACUGAUCCAUCAUCUGUUACUCCCAAUAAAGGUGCUCUCCAUAAGCUAAAGAGCACAAAAAUAA